UUGAGCGAGGAGGGAAAGUGGAAGAGGUGGGGAGAGAUGAAGAGGGGGGAGAGUGUAGGAGGAAGGAGAGGUGGGUGGAGGGAGAGGUGGGUGGGUAGCCAAAACCUUGAGGGGGACGCCAUCCGGUGCUACCAGUUAGCAACCACGACCUUUCGGUCUGGUGCAUCUUCGGAGCGCCGGUAUUUAGGGGUGGAGGAGGAUUUGGAAGUUGGUCAAAAGGGGAGGGCGCAGAGGACUAAACUCAUUUUCCUAUUUUCCCUAAAUUAA